UCUUGUCUCUGGAGCACUUCGACCACACACGGAUGCUACCGACUACGUCAUUGCCCGGCUCCCACCUGGGCGCCGCCAUGAUGCUGUACGGAAACCCACAAGCCUCCUCCCUGCGUCUUAUCGCUCACUCUCUCGCGCCACGCGAAGCCUCGGGAGGGCGAGGCCGUCCGCCACUGCGCUUGUCCGAGCUCGAGGCCCCGCCCCGCGCCCACGGGCGCCGCCAUGUUGGGGGUCCUCGCUGGGGACACGUAGUCGUCCGCGUAAGAUGCCGGCUCGCGCGCGCCUCUGCCGCCAAGAUGGCGUCCAUGCGGGAGAGCGACACUGGCCUGUGGCUGCACAACAAACUGGGCGCCACGGACGAGCUGUGGGCGCCGCCCAGCAUCGCGUCCCUGCUCACCGCCGCGGUCAUCGAUAACAUCCGCCUCUGCUUCCACCGCCUCUCCUCGGCUGUGAAACUCAAGCUGCUCCUCGGGACGCUGCAUCUUCCGCGCCGAACGGUGGACGAGAUGAAGGGCGCUCUGAUGGAUAUUAUCCAACUGGCCACCCUGGACUCAGACCCCUGGGUCCUUAUGGUUGCUGACAUUCUGAAAUCCUUUCCUGACACGGGCUCACUGAAUCUAGACCUUGAGGAGCAGAACCCCAAUGUUCAAGACAUCCUAGGAGAACUUAGAGAAAAAGUGGGUGAGUGUGAGGCGUCUGCCAUGCUACCACUGGAGUGCCAGUACCUGAACAAGAAUGCCCUGACCACCCUUGCCGGGCCUCUCACCCCACCAGUGAAACAUUUCCAGUUGAAGCGGAAGCCCAAGAGUGCCACUCUGCGGGCAGAGCUGCUACAGAAGUCCACUGAGACAGCCCAGCAGCUGAAGAGAAGUGCCGGGGUGCCGUUCCACGCCAAGGGCCGGGGGCUGCUCCGCAAGAUGGACACGACAACCCCUCUCAAAGGCAUCCCGAAGCAAGCCCCCUUCAGAAGUCCCACCACACCCAGCGUCUUCAGUCCCUCUGGGAACCGGACCCCAAUACCACCUUCAAGGACACCACUGCAGAAAGAAAGGGGUGUGAAGCUACUGGAUAUUUCUGAGCUGAAUACGGUUGGUGCUGGCCGAGAGGCAAAGAGGAGGAGGAAGACUUUAGACACAGAAGUGGUGGAAAAGCCCACCAAGGAAGAGACAGUUGUUGAAAAUGCCACUCCUGACUAUGCUGCUGGCCUGGUGUCUACACAGAAACUUGGGUCUUUGAAUAGUGAGCCAGCACUUCCCUCCACAAGUUAUCUGCCCUCUACCCCCAGUGUGGUACCUGCCUCAUCAUACAUCCCCAGCUCUGAGACUCCCCCAGCCCCUCCAUCCCGGGAAGCCAGCCGACCCCCUGAGGAGCCCAAUGCUCCAAGUCCUACACUGCCAGCUCAAUUUAAACAAAGAGCACCUAUGUAUAACAGUGGCCUGAGCCCAGCUACGCCAACACCUGCAACACCUACCUCGCCUCUGACACCUACUACUCCCCCAGCUGCCACCCCCACUGCUCAGACACCCCCAGUGGCCAUGGUGGCCCCACAGACCCAGGCACCUGCCCCUGCCCCUGUUCAGCAGCAACCUAAGAAGAACCUGUCUCUCACGAGAGAACAGAUGUUUGCUGCCCAGGAGAUGUUCAAGACAGCAAACAAGGUCACUCGGCCAGAGAAGGCCCUCAUCCUGGGCUUCAUGGCUGGCUCUCGAGAGAACCCGUGCCCGGAGCAGGGGGAUGUGAUCCAGAUCAAGCUCAGCGAGCACACAGAGGAUCUGCCCAAGGCAGACGGCCAGGGCAGUACCACCAUGCUAGUGGACACAGUGUUCGAGAUGAACUACGCCACAGGCCAGUGGACACGCUUCAAGAAGUACAAGCCCAUGACCAAUGUGUCCUAAGUGCCAUCUCUGCUGCUGACCCGCAUCAGGCCAGACGACAAGCUUUGCUGGCUAUGCUAAGUGACCUGAGCAGAUACCGAAGGAUGUGUUCCACCCCAAUACCUGCCAUCCACAGUCUACUGGGCCCCAAGCUGUUUUAAGUUUUAGGUCAUUUCUCUGGGGAGUUUAGGCAUUUUUUUUUAAAUUAUAAUGGGUUAGUUUUUUUGUGUGCUUAAGAUACAUUUUUUUUAUUCAAUAUUACACUUUAAAUGCUAAACCAAAAAAGUUACAACUUCAUUUUAGUGCCUGCUAGACUUUUACCUUUUUUAUUUUUUCUUUAAAAAAUUGCACUGGCUGAGAGGACUUCCUCUGCUUGUGCAUGCCUUCCCUCACAAGGCUGAGGGGACCAAAGGUGACACCCGACAGGCUAGGGUGUGAGGGGGGCUAUAACCAGCCUCGAUGCCACUGCCUGCCAGGGAUUUGUAUAUGUCUUUUGUACAGUUGUAAACAUUUCAAACCUGUCUCUGGGUACCUAUUUUCAUUGUAAAAUGAUAUGAGUAUUAAAGUUUAGUUUUUCUAAAAAAAGCCCACAGAGCUAUGUUUCAGGCUAGCUUGACUCCCUGCUCUGGGACCAAACCCCUUCCUAUACAACUGUCAAGAAUCCCAGGGGAGAAGAAGCAGGGCUGGGAGAUAACAAGACUACCUGAAAAACAAACAAACAAACAACAACAACAAAAAAAAACCAGGUAGGUAAUGGGCAAGGCAGCCUUGGGGGUAGAGUGAGGCAGCAUCAGGAAAGUCAAAGCCACAGCACUGAGAAAUGGGCCUAAACUGCCUUGAAUUCAUAGCACCCAGGAAGCUGGAGGAGUCAAACACAGUCCCAUAUAAAAGAAGUAUGAGAAAAAGGCCUUUAAAGUUUUUUAAUAAAAAAAUACUUAAUACAGUUUUCCAAACACAACUUUCCACUUUAAAUGCUAUUUUCCCCCAACUGGUAAUUCUUGUCUAUAUUUCAAUAUUAUUUCCCCCCUCCCUCCCAAACUUCAAGUUUUUAAGCCUUCACUAUCAGAUCUGGUGACAGUACCUAGCAUUCCUAAAAGGAAUCUGACUUUAUAUUAUAUGAAGUUUAGACACCAAUAGGCACAUUUAAACUUUAAUUUCUGAUAGGUCAUUUCACAUCUCAACAGGAUACGGGGGCACCAUGAUACAUAUGGACACAGCGUUUAUUCUACUGACUAACAGUCAUCAGCUACACUCUUUUGUAGACAAGAGAGAUUUGGCAACUGACAGUUGUUUGCAUUAACUUUAAUCAAAACAUUUUUAUCUUUAAUUCUUGAAAAUAAGGUAGCUCUGGAAGAUGGGCACUUGACACAUCGUGCUACAGGUAUCACUUGGAAAUCAUCAGAAAUGCCACCCUGAGUGUGCCUGUCUGGGACCCAGGAGUCCUAGGUGCUAGUGCCAGGAAAUUCCUCAGGAGCUAGAACCGGAAUCCUUGUCACUCUGAGAUGCACUGCCUUACAGGUGCCUAGGGUUAAAUGCUAUAGUUCCAUAUUCUCUUAGACCAAUGCUGGUGUGGAUACUGGCUUUGCACCCCUGGGCUGCUGCCACCCUGCAGAGGCACACACACAUAGGUGUAUACUGGUUAGGGAAUAGAUAGCUGGUUUUUGGAUACUGAAGGUGCCUGAGGAACAUGGGCAGGUUUCAUUUGGUUUGCUUCACAUUAAAGAAAACAACAACUGGAGCUGAUGGUCAGAAAGUCACACAUCUUUCAGGCUCAUCAGAGCACCUGGCACAUCCCGAGUCACAGCUGGCCCUAUGGCUGGUCCUUCUGUGGGAAAGGCUAUCACCCCAGGGGGUUACUUUACUCAGCUUUGUAUAUUGGUCUUCGGUUGGUUUUCAGAGUUAGUGUUAUUUACUCAUUAAUACUUUUUGGGAAGAUAAGUUGUUUAAAAAGUUCACAAUAUUUCCUUCAGAAAGAUGAUAAAUAGUUACUUAGAACCAAAAUUCCCAAGAUUUACUUAACAUUAAAAAAGAAAGUUAAUCUGAUCCCCCACAAUGUGCUGCAAAACCAAUUCUGAUGCUCUUUCGUAGAAGCUGGUGGACAACUAACAAGAUGGGCCCCCAGGGGGUCCCUGGGGCCUAGGGGCUGUGUGCAUGUGAAGAGGCUGUCUGGCCUAUCACACCAGCCUUCUAAACGUAGGGCACAGAUGACAAAUUUAUGAGCCAAUCUAAUAUUUUUAGGACAGUCUGAGCCAGGUUAAGUUCUAAACUGAAAAAUGCUCCUUGUCUCAUCUCAAACAGAUGUCACCAGAGGUUACUAGGCUUGUGCCUAUGGAAGCCAAGCCAUAGGCUGCCUGCAAAGCUGCUUUAACUUUUGGGGGACUACUAGAGAAGGGCAAAGGGGUGGUCAUGACAUGCUAGGCUUGCAAGUGUUAUGGGUGACGCACAACCCUGACUAUUAAGAAUGGUCAGUCCUGUUCUAAAUGGCCAUUGCAGUUCUCCAAGGCUGGAAGGCAGCAGGACAACAGUAGCAAACCCUGCUAGGGACUUAAUGGAUAGAAGUUUAAGCUUUUUUGCUUUGUGGCUUUUCUAAAACCAAUUUCUUCUGCAUUGCUUACACCUUCCCUCCCAAUGGAAUGCAUGAGGUCUCCUUUCUCAGUGUCCAAGUUCUCCAGGGCCAAGAUACACUCCUGAGAAGGCAGAAGAAAGCCUGCCAAAGAAUCUAAUAGCCCUUGGGCUGGGCUUUUAGAGAAAUUUAAAUAUCAUUAGGGAAACAGGUACCAUCAGACCUGUCUACCAUGAGACCAUGUGGUGCCCUGGUGGAAAGAGAGAGCAAUGAAGCUUGGGCUCAGCGAACAGAUGCACAGAGGAGAGAGCACAUCAGCAAGCAUUAGCCUAGGCUCCAGGCUGUGUGCCUUGUGUCCUCCGUGCUCGCUCAAUACUUCACAUCUGCCUGACAACUCAAAUACAUUUUAGCUGGUAAUAAUUUGAAACAGUUUUAGCAAAAGUAUAUUGGGAAUAAAUGCCAGAAACAGAAAAACCAAUUAAAGAAAAUAUACAAGGUUUUCCCCCAAAUGUUGGUCCAAAAAUGUGGGUUCAGAAGGCAUUAGAGAAAACAGCCACAACGAAAGCAGCUGCACUGCUCCACAGGACACACUUCCAUCACUAGUUGUCAAGUCCACACAAAGGAAAAGUCAUGAGAGGAAUCUUGCAA